AUGAAAGUGACCGUGUGCUUUGGCAGGACGGGCAUCGUGGUGCCCUGCAAGGAGGGCCAGCUGCGCGUCGGGGAGCUCACGCAGCAGGCGCUGCAGCGCUACCUGAAGACCCGGGAGAAGGAUCCUGGUUACUGGGUGAAGAUUCAUCACUUGGAAUACACAGAUGGAGGAAUCCUGGAUCCAGAUGAUAUCUUGGCAGAUGUCGUUGAAGAUAAAGAUAAGCUGAUUGCUGUGUUUGACGAGCAAGAACCACUUCACAAGAUUGAGAGCCCCAGUGGAAACCUGACAGACCAGCAGAGCCCAGAUGCUUUUGAGAGGGACAUGGCUGCCCAACUGGCUGCAUUCAAGCCAAUUGGGGGUGAAAUAGAAGUAACCCCUUCUGCUCUGAAAUCCGGCACCCCACUGCUGGUGAGGAGGAGCAGUGACCCAGCCCCUGGCCCACCUGCCGAUGUCCAGCCAAGUGCUUCACACUCCAGUGGCCAUAGUUUGAAACCUGUUGUUCCAGAUUCUUCACAGAAUUUUGGAGAUGGAGAAGUUAUGAAUGGUGUACGGACAGAACUCCUGACAUCACAGAAAAUCAAGAAUGCAUUAAGUGAUAUGACAAGAACAGUGGAGAUUUCUGGGGAAGGAGGUCCCUUGGGAAUACAUGUAGUGCCCUUCUUCUCAUCUCUAAGUGGAAGGAUUCUAGGACUCUUCAUUCGCGGCAUUGAAGAAAACAGCAGGUCCAAGAGGGAGGAACUGUUUCAUGAAAAUGAAUGUAUUGUAAAAAUCAACAAUGUGGAUCUCGUAGACAAAACCUUUACUCAGGCUCAAGAUGUCUUCCGUCAGGCAAUGAAGUCCUCCAGUGUCCUCCUCCAUGUCCUUCCACCCCAAAACCGUGAAGAGUAUGAAAAGUCAGUCAUCGGACCUCUUAACAUUUUUGGUAAUAAUGAUGGCGUUUUGAGAACAAAGGCUCAGCCUCCUGUCCCGGCAAGAUCAGGCAUAAAGACCGUGAAUCGGACAGAAACAAGCAGUCCCAAAGCAGAUGCAUCACCUUCGCUGCAGCAAAGCAAGAGUCCCCGCGUACCAAGACAAGGAAAAAAGCCAUCCUCUCCCUCACUUUCCCCUCUCAUGGGGUUUGGCAGCAAGAAAAAUGCAAAGAAAAUUAAGAUUGACCUAAAGAAAGGUCCUGAAGGCCUUGGUUUCACCGUAGUUACCAGAGACUCUUCCAUACAUGGUCCUGGCCCUAUUUUUGUGAAAAACAUUCUACCCAAGGGAGCAGCCAUCAAAGAUGGCCGCCUACAAUCGGGAGACAGAAUUUUGGAGGUGAAUGGUAAAGAUGUCACGGGGCGAACUCAGGAGGAGCUGGUGGCCAUGCUGAGGAGUACCAAGCAGGGAGAAAUAGCAUCACUGGUCAUCGCCCGCCAAGAAGGACAUUUUCUUCCUCGAGAGCUGGAUGGCCGUCUGCGAAUGAAUGACCAGCUGAUUGCAGUCAAUGGGGAAUCUCUUUUGGGAAAGUCCAACCAUGAAGCUAUGGAAACACUGAGGCGAUCGAUGUCCAUGGAAGGAAACAUCCGGGGGAUGAUCCAGCUGGUGAUUCUGAGGCGGCCAGAGAGACCCGUAGAGGACCCUGCAGAGUGUGGGGCAUUUUGCAAGCCAGGCUUAGAGACCUCUCCAAAUCCUGUAACCAGCUCUAGGAGAAAUGAGAAUAGCACACCGCAUCCUCUUGGUCGUUACAGUCCGCAAGACAAAUGGAAAGAGCUAAUGCUACCCAAUGAUGGAUGGACAGAGACUGAAGUACCACCCACUCCCCCACGACAUCCUGGGCUGGAACUGGGCCUUGAAGAUUACAGCCACAGCUCUGGAGUGGAUUCAUCAGUGUAUGUUCCAGAUCAGAACAUCAGCUUCAGACCAUUGACACCGGCCAGGCAGCCUGAAUCAAUUAAUCUGAAAGCCUCAAAGAGCAUGGACCUUGUGCCAGAUGAAAGCAAUGUUCACACAUUGGCUGAACACAAGGCAGAAUCUCCAGGCAAAGAUAUUGGUCCAACACUAGGCUUGAAAAAAUCCAGCUCCCUGGAGAGCCUACAAACUGCUGUGGCCGAGGUCCGAAAGAAUGAACUUCCCUUCCACAGGCCCCGGCCUCACAUGGUUCGAGGUCGCGGCUGCAAUGAGAGCUUCAGAGCUGCCAUUGAUAAAUCCUAUGAUGGGCCUGAGGAACUCGAAGCUGAUGGUCUGUCUGAUAAGAGCUCUCACUCUGGCCAAGGAGUUCUGAAUUGUGAAUCUGUCCCUCAGGGGAGCUCGGAGCUAGAGGACAGAGAAAAUAAAGCCAAGAAAGUGAAAAAGCCAAAGGAGAAGGAAAAGAAAAAGGAUAAGGGCAAGCUGAAAGUCAAAGAGAAAAAGCGAAAAGAGGAAAAUGAAGAUCCAGAAAGGAAAAUCAAGAAGAAGGGGUUUGGCGCCAUGUUGAGAUUUGGGAAGAAGAAAGAAGAUAAAGGUGGAAAGGCUGAGCAGAAAGUCACUCUGAAGCAUGGUGGUCUCCGAGAAGAGGAGCUGGAAAAAAUGAAAGAAGAGCGGGAAAGGAUUGGAGCAAAACAUCAGGAGCUACGGGAAAAGCAAGCAAGAGGUCUUCUUGAUUAUACUACCGGUGCGGUUGGAUCAGUCCAUGAUAUGGAUGAUGAUGAAAUAGACCCAAAUUAUGCCAGAGUGAACCAUUUUCGGGAGCCAUGUCCAUCAGCAAAUGUCUAUAGGUCUCCAUCUCCACCUCGCCCUGGGCCACUUGGCUACCCUCGAGAUGGCCGUCCACUAUCUCCAGAAAAGGACCACUUAGAGGGCCUCUAUGCCAAGGUCAACAAGCCCUACCAUCCGCCGGCUCCAGCUGACAGUGGACGAUCCAUGGGUGGAAGUUCUGACCGUAUCCAGAAGUUAAGAAAAGAGUAUUAUCAGGCCCGGAGAGAAGGUUUUUCUUUAUAUGAAGAGGAUGAAGGAAGAGUAAGACCUUCUGAUUAUGACUUUCACUGGGUGCCUGGAAAAGGCCCAGAUGGAAAUGUGCACAACCUCCGCUUUGAGGGGAUGGAGAGACAGUACGCCUCCUUACCCAGGGGCGCACCUGUGGAUCCUGCAGAUUAUCUGACAGGUGGACUUCGAGGGCUCUAUAAGGAAAGGGAGCUUCCAUAUUACCCAGGGGCUCAUCCUAUGCAUCUUCCCAAAGGGGGAUAUCCCUGUCCCCCAGAUAUGAGAGUGGCAGACCUCCGGUAUCCUCAAUACUACCCACCCCCACCAGCUCCCCAUCACAAAGGACCCUUCCGACAAGAUGUGCCGCCUUCACCUCCUCAGCACCACAGAGCACCAGCCUACCAGGAAAUGGGCAGACCAGGGCCCCGUGGGGCCAGCCCAGACCAGUACCCCUACCGGACCCAGGAUCCACGCCAGAAGAACCCCAUGACUGCAGCCGUAUAG